CGACAAUACUCUGCUCUUAUACAAUGGAAUAAAAGUUGGAGAACAACCAAAAUCCGGGAAAUUUUUCUAAAAGUGAUAAAAUCGCAAAGCUCUCAUCAUGAUGUGGACCACCUGCCUUAUUUUCAUGUUUCUCUUGGCAGGUGAGAACUGUUUACAUAUAGAGCCCCUGGAAGGUCCCUGGAUUGUGGAAACAAAUUCUAGAGACUAUAUUGAUUUAACAUGCACCUUUGCUUUCAAUUCUAGCGAGAUAAAACAACUCGAUGUAAAGUGGUAUUUUCAGGAUGGAGCUCAACCUUUUAUACAAUGGGUGCCCAGUACUGGCAGAGAACCUCAGUCUAUUGGGGAAAAAUGGGGAAACAGACUGGAGUUAACACAUACAGCCGGAAAUGGAUCUUUUUCCCAACGUGUUCGGAUUCAUAAACCCGGAAGCCAGUUCAGUGGACAGUACGAGUGUAAGGUUUCCACUUUUCUGAUAGAAAAAAGAAGUAAACUGAACUUGAUCAUCUACGACCCUGGGGAAGGUCCUAAGCUAAGAUACCACACUGCAGAGGAUGGUUAUGUAAAUAUAUCCUGCUCAGCUAAGAGUGUAUAUCCUGAACCACUGCUACAUCUUACAUGGAACUAUGGGCAAUCUGGCGAUGAGGUAACGAAGACGACUGUACGACGUGGGUUAGAAUACGACGUGACAGUACACCGCCUGCUGCCACCAACAGAUCUCCCGCCAGAAACAGUAUUCAGCUGCAGCAUGGAGAUCCCAUCUACACAGUUUUCUCUCAGAGAGGAGACAAUGUACUUUCCUGGAAGAAUUCAACCCAGAGCAUCGCAGGUUAGAAAUAUACAUAAUUUUCUUAUCAAAAUUAUUAAGUUUGUAAUUUCAAGAUGUUCUUCAUUUACAGAGUGGCAUGUUCGACUGUUAACGGUACAAGGAUAAACAAAGCAAAUAUAA